AUGCCUAGGGAUCCCCUGAUUGGGUUGGUUGGAAAGCCAUCCAGCGGAAAAUCGACCACAUUGAAUAGUUUGACAGAUGCUACUUCCAAAGUCGGGAACUUUCCUUUCACAACGAUCGAUCCUCAGCGCGCUAUUGGCUACCUCCAAAUAGAAUGUGCCUGUCAGCGAUAUGGUGUAUCGGAUAAGUGCAAACCGAACUAUGGAGGCUGUAUAGAAGGCAGACGUUCUGUUCCCAUCGAGCUCUUGGAUGUUGCGGGUCUCGUGCCGGGCGCGCAUCAAGGCCGUGGACUGGGCAAUAAGUUCUUGGAUGAUUUGCGUCAUGCAGAUGCCUUGAUCCAUGUGGUUGAUGUUAGUGGAACCACAGACGCAGAAGGGAAAGCAACACGAGGUUAUGAUCCCUCACAAGAUAUUGAGUGGUUACAUUCCGAGAUUGUGCGUUGGGUGUUAGGGAAUUUGAUGCAGAGAUGGGGAUCUAUUAAGAGGCGACAUAUGGCAAUAAAGGCGACGGCCGUGGACACUUUACAGGGACAGUUCUCCGGUUAUGGAAGUACGUCAACGAUUGUUGCUCGCUGCUUAGAUCGGAUAGCCCUGAAGGAACCCCUAGAGAACUGGUCUGAUGAGACUGUCGAGAAGGUUGUCAGAGCUUUCAUCGAUGAAAAGUUCCCUACGGUCUAUGCCCUGAAUAAGAUUGAUCAUCCUGACGCGGACAAGAAUAUUAGCAAGAUUGCCAAGAUGCAGGACCCGCAAUCCAUUGUUCUCUGCUCCGCAAUAUCGGAGGUGUUCCUCCGGAGACUAACAAAACAAGGUUACGUCAAAUACAUAGAAGGAAGCGAAUUCGUAGACACGCGAGAAGACCUCAUAGAGAUGGGCGAACCCGAUGGCGGUGGCCUGAAGGAGAUGGACGAGAAGUUGAAGGGCCGCGUCGAGAACUUGAAAGACAUGGUGCUUUAUCGUUUCGGCUCAACCGGAGUUGUCCAGUGCCUUUCGCGUGCUGCAGAGCUUUUGGGUCUUGUACCAGUUUUCCCAGUACGGAACAUACAUACUUUUGCAUCAGGAGCUGGAAGUGAUGCGGCGUUUCGAGAUUGUGUGCUGGUCAAGAAGGGCACCACGGUUGGUGAUGUUGCCCAAAAAGUGAUGGGUGACAUACCUAUUUCCUAUAUCGAGGGUGUUGGUGGCAUCCGCGUCUCUGAAGAUGAAAUUGUGCGAGUAGGAAAACAUGAUGUGCUUUCGUUCAAGCCUGGCCGAUAG